UUUUUUUUUUUUAAAUCGGAGAGUUUUUCAGUUUCCCUGUUCUCGCAGUGAGAUGAGCACCGAGUGGAGGAGGGGGCGUAGGGAGCGAGCGUGUCCGUGUUCACUCGCCUGCUUCCCCGCAGCGACACACGGGCCUGCGUGGGGCUGCAGCGAACAAAAGGAGAACAUUCAUGGAGAAACAAUGGACGAUUCUCAUUUCAACUCAUCAUACUUUUGGUCUCCUAUCCCGACUGUACAAGGACAGAUUGAGAACGCCAUGUUCCUGAACAAGGCAAAGGAGCAGCUAGGCCUGGAGAAGGCCAAUGCAGCCUCCUUCUCUCACUCCUCUGCGUCUUCCACCUCCUCCCCCCACUACCCUAUGGCUGUGCUCGCCAUCCCCGGCUCAGUGGACGCAGGGGCCGGUGUUCGACUGGUCCCGAAACAGGAAGGAAGUGGGGGCAGCGCAGGUGGAGGGGGGCACCUGCACCAAUCGCACACCUCCCAGAACGUCACGGUUGUGCCUGUUCCCUCCACGGGCAUCAUGACUGCAGCGGGGUUAGUGAUCACCAGCUCUCAAGGCACACUGGUCCCCACUGCCUCCACGCAGUCCUUUGUAUCUGGACCCCACGCUGCCACCACCAUGAUAGUGUCUGCAGUGCACCCCUCACACACAGACAAGAAGCAGGACUUUGCCCUCCCUCCUGUUGUGAUGCCGACGCCAUCAAAGCGCGGCAGGAAGAGCAAACAGUCGAUGAGCAGAGUGGGGGGAGUAGGUGGGAUCCUCCCUCCAGGAAGCGAUACUUUAAUACUUGCUCAUCUAGCUGCUGGUGGACAGCACCACACUGCUGAUCCAUACGACCUGUCAAAUGAUGAGGAUGAUCAUACUAGCAAGGAUGGGCCUAAAUCCUACAGGUGUCGGAUGUGUGCAGUGACGUUCUUCAGCAAGUCCGACAUGCAGAUCCACGCCAAGUCCCACACCGAGGCCAAGCCCCACAAGUGCCCCCACUGCUCCAAGUCGUUUGCCAACUCCAGCUACCUGUCCCAGCACAUCCGCAUCCACAGCGGAGCCAAGCCCUACUCCUGCACCUACUGCCAGAAAACAUUCAGGCAGCUCAGCCACCUCCAGCAGCACACACGAAACCACACUGAGUCCAAGCCCCACAAGUGUCCCCACUGCUCCAAGUCGUUUGCCAACUCCAGCUACCUGUCCCAGCACAUCCGCAUCCACACUGGGGCCAAGCCCUACUCCUGCUCCUACUGCCAGAAAACAUUCAGGCAGCUCAGUCACCUCCAGCAGCACACACGGAUUCACACCGGGGACCGGCCGUACAAGUGUAACCAUCCUGGCUGUGAAAAAUCUUUCACUCAGUUGUCCAACCUACAGUCUCACCGUCGGCAGCACAACAAAGACAAGCCGUUCAAGUGCCACAACUGUAACCGUGGUUACACCGAUGCUGCCAGCCUGGAGGUGCACCUGUCCACACACACUGUCAAACAUGCCAAGCUCUUCUCCUGCGGCCUCUGUAACCGAUCCUAUACCUCGGAGACGUAUCUAAUGAAACACAUGAGGAAGCACAACCCCGACCCACUAACAGUGGCAGCAACAGUAGCUGCUCAGCAGGCCCAGGGCCUGACGCCAGGCGGAGGAGGGGGCAGGGGCCGAGGCCGUGGCCGAGGGAGAGGAGGCGGUGCAGGCAGAGUGAGCCAGCUCCAAAGCCAGAACAACCCAAAUAAUAGCAACCAGAACCCUAACGCAGGACUCCCAGGCAGCUACCAGCAAUCCACGGAAGCUGUGGUUCAGUGUCCGUUUGACCUGCAUCAAUACAAGACAGUGGCAGCUGGUGAGAUCCAGUACAAACCGGUCUCAGUGGCAGAUCUGCCGGUGGUCCACAAAGACCUUUGCCUCACUGUCUCCACAUCAGCCAUACAGGUGGAGCACAUGAACUCAUAGACUGCAUCGUCCCACUCUGAGGAAUUACUUAAUGUGUCUGCAGUGUAAAAACAAAAGGUCCAAAUGAACAACUAAUUUGACUGUAUUCAAUAUUGUAGCUUUUUUAAAACGAGGAGAAUAAUGGCUAAUAUGCUGGAAGUUGCUAACUUGAAGCUUACUUGAAUAAGGUACCAUUGGAAUCCAAUUUGUUUCACUACCCUGAAGCUACGAUUGACAAUAUUUCAAAGGAGUGGCUCGCUUAUGGUCAAAGAUACAAAACUUAAAAUUCCGUUCACUCUGUGCCAUUUUUUUCCUUCAUUUUAAGAAGCUUUAAUGUUGAAUAGAGGAUUUAAUUACCUGGUCAACCACAGAUAUUUUACUAUAUGUUUCACGAUUCCUGAGCCAACAUGGUGCAAAGUUUCUCUCAAUAGAAAUGCUGGUUGAGGAAAGAGAUAUAAGAGGUUUAUUCUUCAGCCUUGAGCUACGUUCCUCAAAUUUGUGAAGACUCCCGAAUCCUCAUCGGAUAUUUUAAUUCUUUUGAUGAUUAUUGAGGUGGAAAAUAAAUCUUUAUUCUAAUUUUAACUUAAAUCCACUUGCUCUUUAAAAUGCACUUAAAAUCCUAAACCAGCAGUCCUGCUCUGAGAAUCUUGCUGAAAGCGGCUCACCGGUGUCACAUCUCUUUUUUAUUGCAUUGUUUGCAAUCGGCAUCAUUGGAGGAUUGAGGUGUAAAAUAUCUGUAAAAAGAAAAAUGACAUUGUUCUCUGCACAUUUACAGUCCAGAGAAUGGUGUGGUUGUUUUAUAACACAUUCAGAUCACAUUAAUCUGAACAUUCUCCACUAUUUAGUUCAAGCCAAAACAAGGGAGAGAAAGAAGAAGGAAUCGGUCUUGAAACAAAUUUUAUUCUGAAAGGCAACUGAAAAUCUGAAUGAUCCUGUCAAAGUGGAGCUGGAUCAGAUGAGUGGAAACAAGACCUUAGAAGGGAUGAAGAGCAGCAGGAAGAAAAGGAAAUGGUGUGUUCUGGAAUCGGUUUAAAGCCUGAGGCUGAAUCUCAGCGUUCAUUUUACAAAUCAUCAUGUCCAUUCAUCAACCACCACCUCCCCUCAGACAUUGAGGAGCUGACGAGCCAUUUCCCAAAGUUUUGAACGACAGAGACGAGCGGUUGGAGGAAAGCACAUGAUGUGAGGGAUCGGCAGCAGAGCAAGAUGUAAACACGAGAGGGAGCGAGUGGGUCGCUGGGGCGGGAGGGGUCAAAAGAACGCACUUAGUGAAGCUCGUACUUCACGCCUAUGUUUGUCAUCAUUGUACUUUUUUUUAUAUAUCAUGUAUGUAUUUUUCUACCAACAGAGGAACGUAUGAACAAGAGAGAGAAAGCCACGUGAGUGCAUGAAUGUGAAGGGAACAGGGGGAAGUCUGUACAGAGUGUUUUUGUUCCUUUUUUUCUUACUAUUCAGAGGAAGACAGUUAACUAACAUCCAGAGACUAGAGACUGCCCAACUGGACAUUGUUGGGGAAAUAAUGAUUGUGUGAUAAAAAUGGCUGACAGGUACUGUUAUCAAUCUUUUUUUAAAGACCUUUUCAUACAUAUUAUUACUACUUUCAUUAUAACUGUAUUGCAAAUAUUAUCCACAUUAUUAUCAAACUGAGGCAUUAUUGUAUUUCAGUAUGCUGUACAUAAAAUAGAUAGAAAAGACUUUUUCAUCUGUAAAAGGGAAGUAUGUCCUGUGUAUUGCAUAUACAGAAACUAAAGGAACUCAAAUGAACAAGUACCAAAUCAUUGGCCGUGUCCCAGGUCACCUUCACACUGACCGAGCGUAACUGCUACUCAACAAAGUCUGCAAAGAAUGAUAAAGAAAAGUCUGAGAAAUGUCCAAAGAGUUUGUGAAAUUAUGGCUAUUUGUUUUCUGUCCCUUCUGUAACGUGUGACUUAAAAAAACAUUUAGGGCACUUUCAAUCACACUCAUCCAUUAAACUUUUCUAGACUUCAACCGAACCUCAAAAAUCACAGAGCAGUUUGCAGAGAUGGAGUUGCGGAUAAGAUAAUCACUCUAUCCAGAUUAUCAUUUGGACCUGCAACAAAUUGCAAACACUCAUAAAUAUGAGUCGUCUAACUAUGACAUAUUUUUAUCAUCAAUAUCCAUGAAAUCUCUGAGAAAGCAACAAAAAUGUUGAUAUAUCUCAUCAUGUUAAAGAAAGUGCAAACAAUUUCAGGAUCAGCACAAACAUUUUGACCUAAAUCUCUUCCUUGGUCAUGGCCCCUCCCUCUAAAUUUAAUGGAAAUAGGUUCAGUAUGUUUUUGCGUAAUUCUGCUAACGACGAAACAAAAGCAGACAAAAACCUGACCUCCUUGAUGGAGGUCACGAGGCUGUGACAUCGUUGACCUGGGACACUGCCGCCAUGUUUCUGUGCUCUACCCAAUCACAAUGUUCUGACGGCCUCUACACAGGGCGGAUGACUUCACAUAUACUCCUCCCUGUACUUCAUUGUGUCUUUUUAUGAAAAAUAACCCAUUCCCAAUAUUCAUGUUAAUGUUAUUACUGAUUUUCCUGAUAAUAAUACAGUAAUUAACUGCCCUCUUAUGCUACACUCUGGCAUACUGUAUGCACAGUUACACCUCUUGCUCAUCUGAACAGACUGUUUCUUCCCUUAAGGAAAAUAAAGUUCAAAAAAACAGUUUAUGAAGAAAUUG